AAUGAGUAUUUUGAAUUAACACUAAAUUGCAUUUCCACAUCUCUUACCUAUUAUUGAUAGUAUGAGAGUUUAUUAGGAAUCUAAAUUGUGGAAAUAAUUGAGUGAUUAAUUAUUACUCUAUAUUAAAGAUCCAUAAGUAAAUUAAGGAACACACUUAAAGGAUCUUUAUGAAGGAUUUGUUAAGAAAUUUUAUCAAGAAAUUGAUGAAAUGAAAUUGAUGCGUUUCCUCAUUAAAGCUGCAGAAUAAUAUGGAGAUUUUUAAAGCAGAAUUGAUUUUCUUAAAUAAUUUAAAUUAGAUUAGUAGCCUUAAUUAGUCAUUAAUAUUUUAAUAGCAUUCUUCAAAUUAUAAUAGGGAUAACUAUAAGAAGUGGAUGAACUAUUAAAAUAAUACAAAUAAGCAAGUGAAAAAUUAUAAGAAGUUGAUCCUCUUGUAUAUUCAAUGCUAUACUAUUUAUCAUACAACUUUUAUAAAAUAAAGAAUGUUUAUGAAGAAUUCUAUGUGAAUGCCUUAUAAUAUCUAGCAUAUACAAAUGAUUAAGAUAUGUUGUAAGAAUAAAAAGUGUAACUUUCAUAUGAAAUGGCACUUGCAGUAUUGAUUUCACCAAAUAUUUAUAAUUUUAGUGAAUUAUUACAAUAACCAGUUUUAGUUAGCUUAAAGGAAAGUGUCUAAUAUAAUUGGAUUUAUAAAUUGUUAGAUAUUUUCAAUAGGGGAAGUGUGAGAGAAUUAAAUACAUUUUAAUGGAAUGAAGAGAGAAAAGGACUCAUUCCAAAUUUCUAGCUUUUGAAUGAAAAAAUUAGAAUCAUGGCUUUUCUUGAAUUAGCAUUCUCUUUGCCAAAAAAUAAUAGGGUUUGCACUUUUGAAGAAUUAGCAUAAGUUUCAGAGUUACCUUUAUAAGAUAUUGAAAAAUUGGUUAUGAGAACAAUCAGCAAGGGUUUAGUAAAAGGAAGAAUUAAUUAAGUAAUAAUUAUAGUUUAUUAUUUUAGGUAAAAUAAACUAUUGCAAUUUCUUAUGUAGUGCCAAGAGUAUUAACGAUGGAUAAAAUUGAAAUUAUCAAUAAGAAAUUUGGUAAUUGGGAGAGAUCAUUGAAUGGUUUUUUAAAAGAGAUUGAGGAUGUAAGGUAGACAUUUAAUUGA